UGGUGUCUGAAUACUCUUUACGUUCAUCAGAUAAUUCAAGCAUAACACAAUCCCUUUGAAAUAUGGCACAACAGAACGAUCAGCUUUUGUCGUUCUGCCAUGUCACAGCAAGAGAAUGAAAGUGAGGAAAACUCAUGAAAGUGAAACUUUAUACAAAGUGACUGACUACAUUAAACACGGCCACAUGAACAGUGCCAUGUAACAGGGUUUCUGGUCCACAGGAGCGUCUCCGUACCCGGGGCUCAACAUUAAUGAGGAGUUUUGUCACAGACUGAAGCAGGGGUCUCGGAUGUGUCCUCCUGAGUACAGUACCACAGAGACGUCAGUUCUCACACCUGAAUACACCAUAUAAAACUGUCCUGUGAACCAAUACAUGGGAUUUGUCUGACAGUUCUAGCAUUAUGAUGGCAUGCUGGGAAAAUAAGCCUGAAGACAGACCUUCUUUCUCUGCUCUUGCGGAUCUACUGGGUGACCUCCUGCAGACCUGCGUCCAACAGGAUGGAAAGGAUUAUAUUCCACUGAACACUAUUAUUCCUGGAGAAGGAAAUACGGUCACAGCACAACUUGACCAGAAAGACAUAAGCCAGAAAACACUGCCAACUUCAAGCUCUGGGAAAAUCAAAACCAUUAGCACUUUUGAGGAUCUACACAAAGAAAUCCCUGAUGACAGCCAGUCUGAUAAUGGAAUGGUUCUCCUGUCUGAAGAGAUGAAAUGAAAUGGAUGGACAGAUUCAAAACCAAAAACAUAACCUAGUUCUUCUUCAAAGGUCAGAACCAGUGCAUGAAGCUGCCUGCAGAAGUGCUGCCUUGUAUGAAUAGCGCCCCUUGUUGUCUUCACAGGGAGGUUCCUCCUGUGUGUUCCUCAGAGGUGCUGCUAUCCUCUACCACUUUCUGAAACACACAUCAGCCAACGUGCCUGUAAACAGCUGUCAACAUCCAUUACCACUACCACCAAACCAUUGCUCAUCUCUACUAAUUUGCUUCCAGUAACUUAUUGUGCUGGGUUUGUCCAGUCAAACUAGUAUUUCUGAAUCGAUCUCUUAUUCUUCCGAGUUUCUCAACACAUUCCCACACAUUUUUACUCAAUGAACUUCAGUUAAUUUUUGAAUCACUCAUAAUUACUGGUUAUGGAUUUACUCCUUCAGGUCUGUCGGUUUACAGGUAUUUCAUGACUUUUUGACUUUCUAUCAUGUUGAUACUUGCAACUACUAAUCAGCAUUUCAUCUGAAACCACUGGUGAUCUGUGCCACUUUAGUUUUGUUUUAGUAU